CCCGGGGAGUGAGCCAUUGGAAGAUUUAAAUAGCCCAGGCCGGAGGCAGCCAGGCUGCAGCUGUGGACUCAUCCGCCUCCCCGGUGGCUCCAUUGGCGCUGGCCCGCAUUGGGGGGCUCGAUUGGCUGCCCAGCUGGCACUGACAUCCCCUUGGAGCCUGGUGGCAGCCGGAGGUAAACAGCCAUGUGCAAUCUUCCACUCUAUAUUUAACAGCUGCCGCGGAGAAGGCAGGGAGGCAGGGAGCAGUGGCGGCUCCAGGGGCAGCUCGUCUUCGGAGAGAAGGCCUCGCAGCCGGGUGGGCACCGGCCCUCGCACUGUGAGCGUCGCCAUGCCAGCCUCCCAGAGCCGGGCCCGGGCCCGGGACCGCAAUAACGUCCUCAACCGGGCCGAGUUCCUCUCCCUGAACCAGCCCCCCAAGGGGGCUCCAGAGCCCCGCAGCUCAGGCAGGAAGGCAUCGGGCCCCUCGGUGCAGCCCCCACCCCCUGGGGACGGGGCCCGCGAGCGGCGCCAGUCGCAGCAGCUACCGGAAGAGGACUGCAUGCAGCUGAACCCCUCCUUCAAGGGCAUCGCCUUCAACUCCCUGCUAGCCAUUGACAUCUGCAUGUCCAAGCGGCUGGGGGUGUGCGCCGGCCGGGCCGCGUCCUGGGCCAGCGCCCGCUCCAUGGUCAAGCUCAUUGGCAUCACAGGCCAUGGGAUCCCCUGGAUCGGGGGCACAAUUCUCUGCCUGGUGAAGAGCAGCACGCUGGCUGGCCAGGAGGUGCUCAUGAACCUGCUUCUGGCCCUGCUCCUGGACAUCAUGACGGUGGCCGGCGUGCAGAAGCUCAUCAAGCGACGUGGCCCGUUCGAGACGAGCCCCGGCCUCCUGGACUACCUCACCAUGGACAUCUACGCCUUCCCCGCCGGGCACGCCAGCCGCGCGGCCAUGGUGUCCAAGUUCUUCCUCAGCCACCUGGUGCUGGCGGUGCCCCUGCGCAUCCUGCUGGUGCUCUGGGCCUUCUGCGUGGGCCUGUCGCGCGUCAUGAUCGGCCGCCACCACAUCACCGACGUCGUCUCAGGCUUCGUCAUCGGCUACUUCCAGUUCCGCCUGGUGGAGCUGGUCUGGAUGUCCUCCAACACCUGCCAGAUGCUCAUCUCCGCCUGGUGA